UUGAUCAACAAAGCACCGCCUAAUAGAAAGCUAUUAAAAUUCCCCCUUAAAGAACAUACACAAAGUCUUCGAUCUUGAGACAUUAAAAGCUGAUUUUUUGUUGUCUUUAUUCGUGUUUCUAUUCCUAUUUAUUGACAUAGACGUCAGACCGUCCUCUUCCAUUCCCGCCAUUGCAAUGUUUUUAGUUUUACUUUUCUCGGUCUUUGGAAGCUAGACAAUGCCGGAGUUAGGGUUUCAGGAACGAACCUUGUCUGGUCGACCUGGCUUCAGGCCUUGCGAUACUAGCCCUGACUCCGUCAUCUUCACGCUUGACUCCAGCUUCAGCCUCUUCUCCUCUGCUUCUGCAAGCGUCGACCGCCGCUCCUUUGCAUCCGAUGCUCAUGACCACGACUCCUUAGCCUCUGAAAUCUCCCUGCAUUUGGCAGGCCAUGAUUAUGAGAUUUUUCAUGAGAGUUGGAGUGGUCCAGAUCUAGAUCCAGACAAGCCUGUAUUGCGCAAGAAGAAGCACGGUCGUCUGUCUAGAAAGGGAGAAAAAGCAAAAGUUCAAAAGGAUGACAGCGAUGCUGGUGAUAUUGAAGACGGAGACCAACUCUUGCAAUUGGGUUCAGCGAGGAACUCUUUCUCUCUAGCUCUCAAAGAAUGUCAAAAUAGGAGAAGGUCCGAAGCUUUUUUGAAGAAGACAGACAGGCGAAGGCCUGCUUCUUUAGAUCUCAACAAUGCGACCGGAACUUCUCCUCGACUGGGAAACAUGAGAAAGAGCUCGGUUUACUCACCAAGAUCUGACGCUUUUCCUAGUCCUGGCACACCAGAUUAUCGAAAAGCGGGUGUUGCAAUGCAAAAGGGCUGGAGCUCCGAGAGAGUUCCUUUGCACACAAAUGCUAGCCGGAAGCAUGUCACUGGUGCCCUGUUGCCUCUCAACAAUGGAAGAACGUUGCCAUCCAAAUGGGAGGAUGCCGAGAGAUGGAUUUUCAGUCCCGUUUCAAGAGAUAGCACAGGGAGGGCUUCGCUUCCUCCUCCCCCCCAAAGGAGGCCAAAGUCAAAGAGCGGUCCACUUGGGCCUCCUGGUGAUGCUUAUUAUUCAUUGUAUUCACCGGCAGCGCAAAUGUUCGAAGGGGAAAAUUCGGGGAAUUUCAUGGCUAGCUCUCCAUUUUCAGCUGAUGUCAUCUCAACUGAUGGCUUGACAAUUCAAUCCAUUGGCCACGGUGGAGUCCUUCCGAUGCAAGCAGAAUCUUGCAUGGCCCGCUCGGUUAGUGUGCAUGGAUGCUCCGAGAUGCAGAGCCAAUCGGCAAUGCCUUUCCAAGAGGAAAAGUUUGGUGGCUUCAAAGAUGCCGCCACCAAUGUUUCUGGUGCUAUUUUAAGGAGGGACAUGGCAACCCAGAUGAGCCCAGAGGGUAGCCAAUGUUCCUCUCCCAACGUGAGGACACCAUUCUCUGCCUCCACACCAUCUGUCCUGCCCUUCAUUGAAUCGCGGGGUAUAUCUUUCUCUAAAAUGGAUAUCAAAGAUGUGCAAGUUGAUGAACGAGUCACCAUGACAAGAUGGUCCAAGAAGCAUAGAUCCCUCUUCUCAGGGAAAGACUCAGAAAAUUUUGACAACCGGAAGAAGAAAGAAAUAAGACCUCAUUCUUCAUCUUGGGACCUGACUGGAACAGCAAAAACUCACUCAAAGGCGAAAAGGGAGGAGGCCAAAAUCACUGCAUGGGAAAACUUACAGAAGGCAAAAGCUGAGGCAGCAAUACGAAAGCUAGAGAUGAAGUUGGAAAAGAAGAGAGCAUCUUCUAUGGACAAGAUCAUGAGCAAGCUGAGAUCAGCUCAAAAGAAAGCUCAGGAAAUGAGAAGCUCAGUUUUAGCCGACGAGGCCAAUGAAGUUGCUAGAACUCCCCACAAGGCCAUGUCAUUUCGUAGAAGCAGUCACAUGGGUUCUUUGGGUUUUUGUUUCACCUGCCAUGCUUUUUGAUGAAUAGUCCAGUAUUGUUAAGUCCUCAUCUCGUCUGAUGCUGGGUAAAUUUCCCUGUAAAAUAUCAACUGUAGAGUGUAGACCUGCUUGUGGGUCAAUUUCCCUGUAAAAUAUCAACUGUAGAGUGUAGACCUGCUUGUCCUAUUUCAAAAAUCACAUCAUUGCAUGCCUCUGCAUGGUAAGUUUUUGUCAAAUGGAUACAGAUUGCUGAUAAGUAAAAAGAUUUAUUAGCUAGA